ACACUUUGAGCGAACACCUCUCAUAUAAUUUAAGGCACUUUUCAAACCCAACACUGCAUACACACACACGCUCACUUUGAUUUUCUUGGCACUCUUUUUUCUUUAUCCGCUCUCCUACCUUUGUCGUUUCGCAUUCCAAGCUCUUUCAUGGAAUUCAAAUAUCGUGCUGCCCAAGAUCGAAGGACAUCAUCACCACUGCCGUACCCUCUUUCCACUGGCACCUACGUCUCCGAUCGCCCAUUACGAGGGUGUGAGUUUUCGUCAGGUGGUUAUCCCGGCAAUGUUCCGGCUCCUAGAGUUUUCCUAACGCCGGUGCCAGUCAAUGCCGGAGAAGCGUUCCGGCGAGAGUUGGAGAAAAAGCAAAUCAGGAGAGAAAUACUUGCCCGCGAGAUGACGCGACGACGAGAACUGGAGGAGGAAGUCAGGAGGGAAAUAGCACUAGAGAGGGUGUUGGGAAUCCCGUUUCGAGAACGAGCUUGGGUGUCUUUGAAUCAGGAUCAAGGAAUGAACAACCCGGUUAAUAACAACAUAUUUGGUGGGUCACAACCUUCACUGUCCCCUCAAAUUGAUAUCAGCAGACAACAGACGAACAAGGAUAAAGUGAUCAUACUAUUUAGUUAGUGUGCAUAAUGCUUUGCUUAACUUAUUCUAUUUUUAAUUUUAUUUAUUUAGUCAUGCCCUUCGUCUUCUUUAGUGGCUUUUACGGUUUCUCUUCUCGUUUCUGAUUUAAACAAAUGUCACCUUGUUUACAACGGAGGAGGAGGCUAAAAUGUGACACAUAAUAAUCUCUUAAGAGUGGGGAGAGUAGUGUAAUUUGAAUAUGUCUCAAGGAAGUGAGAGGUGUAAGGACUUGUUUUGAUUGUGUUUUGAGCUUUUACUUUUAAAAGUAUUUUGUAAAACUCUUGAGACAAGUGUGUUUUGAUUGAACAACUG